AUGACAAACAGAGAUAUUCAAUAUAUUAUAGAUAACGUACCAUUUGACUAUAGUAUUAAGAUAGAAGAAUCAAAUAUUCGAUGUUUCACAUCACCCACCCUAAAAUCCGAAUUCCCUGAACCGAGUUCAGGAAGUGAUCAGCAAAUUUCUUGCGAAAAAGAAAAUAAAGAUUCAGAAUUUUUGGAAACAGAGGAUAAUAAUAUAAGUGAGAAAGCCAAAUCUUUACCAGAAGAAGAGAUAGAUGAACCCAAUGAUUCUUUAGAUUCUAACUCAGAACUCUCUGAUGAUGAUGGGUUCUGUGGUUUUUCCGACGAUGAUGAUGAAGGCUAUUAUUAUGAUUUAAGUACCGGUGAAACUUAUAGAAAAUCAGAUCGUUCAAUCUGCAUAUAUUAA